UCCUCUUACCUGUCAAAAAAAACAAAAAAAAAUCCUCUUAACUCUAGUUUCGCUGUGAGCGGUCUAUAUAAGACACAGUGUAUGCAGUUUAGAGUAAUGCGCAACAGAAAUCCGAAUGAAUAGGUUUGAUUUUUGUUUUUUUUUGGUGCAAAGUGCAAAGAAUAAUUUUGAAUGUUGGUGAUUGGUAGUUUGUAGAAAAAGAAUGGAUGAUAAGCGUAGGAAAAGGAGGCGGCGGUGGAUGGUGGGGUUAGCGGUGGUGAUAGGAAUAGUGGUGGUGUUUUCAAUAAUAGGAGCCACUGUGUUUAAGGCGAAGCGACCUAUCACGAGCGUGAACUCCGUAACCCUCCGUGAUAUGGAUGUCUCUUUUGACGCCCUUGCUGUGAAAGUUCGUCUGAAUGUUUCCCUUGACGCUUCCAUCUCUGUGAAAAACCCUAAUAAGGUUGGUUUGAAGUACACCGACAGCUCCGCUUUGUUGGAUUAUAGAGGUGAGGUGGUUGGACAAGCUCCUAUUCCAGCUGGUCAGAUCUCCGGCGGACAGACUCUUCCCAUCAACCUCACUCUCACUGUUAUGGCGGAUCGCUUCUUCUCCAAUUCUCAGUCUCUCAUUUCGGAUCUGCUCUCUGGUACGCUGCCUCUUUCCACACGUACUCGAAUCUCUGGCAAGGUCACCAUUCUCUUUGUCAAACUUCAUGUCGUCUCCUAUGCCUCUUGCUCUCUCAACAUCUCCGUCUCUUCUCGAUCAAUAUCCAACUCCGAUUGUACAUACGACACUCGUUUAUCGUGAUUCAUACAUUUCUAUCUUUGGAAAUUCAAAUUGGUGGUUAGGAAUUUUUUAUUUUCUCAAAUGUUAGUGUAAAGUGUAAUCCAAGUUUCAUCAGAGGACCUCAUCUUUAAUUAUUUUCAAUUGCUAGCCACAAAACUUCUAUGUUAAGAUAAGCAAUCCUUGCAGAAAAACCAGAUUCUUUAGCUAUCCAAAUAACAGUUACUCCAAAUAGUUAGCAACAUGCUGCUCCUUUUUAGUAGUCUUUACUCUUUAAUCUUUCUUUUUACUCUUUAAUCUUUGGUCUUUACGCUUUACAAGUAUCUAGUUUUAGUAUUUCAUUGUGGGACUGCCAUAUUCAGCUGAGAAAUAAAUGCUUGGCUUCAGCCUUCAAGUGGCAAUACAUUUCAAAUAACCAAAAUCAUGGUUGGUCAAAAAGAAUACGUACUCCAUUAUAAAGCAACCCCGAUUGAGUGUGAAUCUGAUGUCUGAUAUCAAUUCUGCUUUAAUUACCUCAACAAAGGUUGUUGGAAGUUGUAUAGGCAUUAUUGCAAAGAGAUGGACUUACCGACUUAGUAUCCAGAAAGUGCAGUUAUGUGUGCACUAAACCAUACUAUCACUUAUCAGAACAUGAACAUGAACAUGAACAUCACAUCAGCCUUCUUUAAAAGAACGAGAAAAAUCGUGGUAUGGGUAGUUGGUUAGAUAAGCAGUAGCAAGUAGAGGGUAGGCAUUAUUUACAUCUAUAGAGUCUCCACACUAAGAAAGAGAUGGCAAUAGCCAAUAGGACAAUGCCUGGUUUGCUGGUAGUCGCAUUUAUUGUUCAAGUAUGGUCUCUGUCUUUCUAUGUAGUACUACUUAGUAGUGCUCGCUCGGUAGUCCUAUAUGAAUAACAAUAACCCACGCGGACUUCUGCAGAUUAUAACACCACAUUUAUGAUUUAUGAUUUAUGAUUUAUGAUUUAUGGUUUUUGUAGAAGAGAACACCAUGACUUUGAACAGUUUGAACCCUCAGCCUCGGGAAAGUGGGGAUCCAAAACAGAGACGGAGGUGUCAGGUUGUCCUGGCCAUUAUCCUACUCUUGUUGAUUACUGUAAUAUUGGUAGGGUUCAUCUUAGGAGUAACGGUAUUUAAGGUUAGAGAGCCGAGGACUCAGGUGGUGUCUGCUUCCCUGGAAGGUGUAGCUCCAAGGGUCUCUUUCCCAGUUAUAAAGAUAGAGCUAAACAUCACUCUCAACCUCACCCUUCUGAUUCAGAACUGCAAUCAUGUGAGCUUCAAAAGUGACCAGGGGGAGGGUGUCCUGUUGUUUCAGGCCAAACCAGUUGGGGAAGCUCAUCUUCAUCCCAGUCUCAUUCGAGCAAGGGCUACAUCUACUUUGCUUUGCCUUCUCACUGUUGAGGUUGAUCGCUUUGCUGAUUCCGGCCUCACAUCCCUCAUCAGCAACAUAGCCGCAGGAGAGCUUCUCCUCCAAACCAAAACCAGGAUCCCUGGCAGGGUAACUUUCCUGGGAAUAUUCCAUAAACAUAUUGUCUCUACCUCUGAUUGCCAGAUUGUCAUUGGAUUUCCGGACCUCAAUAUCAAAAGCCAAGACUGCAAGCAGCACAACAAACUUUGAAUUUUUCCUAUCAACUUUCUGCUAGACUGCAACUCCGCUUGCUGGAGCAACACUUUCUUACUUUCCUUUUGUACACAAAAUUAGAUUCUUGUCAUAUAAUUAUAGAUUACCAACCUUUUCUGCUUUUUGCUGAUUACUGAUUACAUUGCUGUUA